GAUGUAAACUUGGCUUUAAAUUGACUUUCAUAACAACCAUAAGUUAGUUGAGUAGCCCUUCUUAAAAAGGAAGACCCUAUGGGAUGCUAAUAUACCCAUUUUCAUUAGUGCACAGUUUCAUAUUUUGUUGAGGUUGUGAAAGAGAGUGAGAAAUGGGGAAUUGUCAAACAAUAGAUGCUGCAGCACUAGUGAUCCAACACCCUAGUGGGAAGAUUGAGAGAUUGUAUUGGUCAGUGAGUGCAAGUUAUGUCAUGAGAGCAAAUCCUGGUUAUUAUGUGUCACUCAUCAUGCCAUUGCCUCAAGAACAAGAAGGAGAGAAUAGUAAUAAUGAGGUGAAGAAGCCUGUGCUUUUCACUCGUGUUAAGUUGCUUAAGCCUGAUGACACUCUCACUUUAGGACAUGCUUAUAGGCUCAUCACAACUCAAGAGGUUGAGAAGGUAAUGAAAGCAAAGAAGAGGAAGGCACGGGGAAAGACAGUGGAGGAUGUAGAAAUGAUGCACCUGGAAAAGGAAAAUUCAGCCUGUGAGAGUGAAGGGAUGUUGGACACAGGAAGGAUGUAUCAGGCAAUGAGAGCAGACAGACAGAGGCUAAGGGUAGUAUCAGUAAAUCCUGCUGUACCGAGACCAAAAUCAUGGCGCCCGUCUUUACAAAGCAUCUCAGAGUUUUCCGGUUGAGUGGUUGUAUACCUUGUGAAAUGUGUACUACCGUGUCUCGGAACGUUAUUCAUUGCCUCUUGUGUCGGAUGCUCCUCCAGGUUGAACUCCUGAUACAUGCAUAGGAAAGGAAGUUCAAUAGAGGCUCAAAUUAUUCAUUUCUCUUCCAUUACAGUCACAAUCUCAGUAACCGUGUUCAGUUACAACAAGUUUGUAUAGCACCAAAAAGAAAGAAAGGAAAAAAAAUAGUGAAUGCAAAAUCAAAAUCUACUUGAAGUUCUUUUUAUUUAAAGCAUACAAAAAUAUUACAAGAAAAUGAUAAAUCUUUACAUUGUAAAAGAGAGAAAAAUGUAAAAGUACAAGUCAUUUCAGUUUUGA